AUGUUUGGCCACCAGGCAGGCGGUCGCCGCAGCGGUCGUCCGCAGCCGCAGCGCGGCGCCGACGUCCAAGUCAACUGCCACGUCUCGUUCAUGGAGGCGGUCAAUGGUACCACGCGCGACCUCAACCUCAACACAGACGUGACCUGCGACCCGUGCGACGGCAGCGGCGCCAAGCCCGGUACGAGCAAGCGCAAGUGCAAGAGCUGCGGCGGCUCGGGUGUCGAGAUCCUCCAGCAAGGCUUCUUCGCCGUCGAGCAGCCCUGCCGUCGGUGCCGAGGCGAAGGCUUUAUCAUUGAGACCCCGUGCACGAGCUGCCGCGGCCGCGGCAAGGUCAAGAAGGCGCGCACGGUCGAAGUCAAGAUCCCGGAAGGCGUCGACAAUGGCAUGAACCUGCGCCUCGCGCACCAGGGCGAAGCCGGCAGCAAGGGCGGUCCGUCGGGCCACCUCUACGUCUCGAUCUCGGUGGCGAGCGACCCGUUCUUCAAGCGCAACAAGACCGACGUGCACUGCGAGGUGCCCAUCUCGGUCGCCCAGGCCAUCCUCGGCGGCUCGAUCGUCGUGCCCACGUUGACGGGCCAGGUCGAAAUGACGAUUCCCAAGGGGACGCAGUCAGGCACGACGCUCAAGAUGCGCGGCAAGGGCAUCAAAGAGCUCAACUCGUCGCGCCGCGGGUCGCAGCUCGUGACGAUGAACGUGCACAUCCCCGACACGCUCUCCGCGCGUCAGAAGGAGCUCAUGGAAGAGUUUGCCAAGGAAGAGCAGCUGCGUAGCGAAGCCGGCGAGUCGUCGUGCAAGACGCACACGUUUGCCGAGACGGCGUUCCUCAAGCCCAAGGACGACGAGGAGAAGGCGUGA